UUUUGGCUUUUGGCUUUCAUUUUACUCUUCUGCUACUUGGAAAGAGACAGAGAGGAGGGAGAAAUGGAAGGCUUAAACAAUUAUGGCCACCACCAUCCUUUGGUACGCUUGAAUGAAGAGCAGCUCGUCACCAAUCAAAGUGGACUAGUAGCUGACUGCUCCAGGUGUGGGGAGAAGGUGUCUGCUCCAUGUUUUCGCUGUGCCGAGGACUGUGGGUUUUACCUUCACAAGGUAUGUGCCGACUCACCUUUGGAGAUUAAUCACCCUUUCCAUCAUAAUCACCCUCUUCUUCUUAUGCAAAAUGCACCUUAUCGACUUGGAGGGUGGGUUUGCCAUUUUUGCGAUAAAGAGGGUGAGAAGUUCGUUUAUCAUUGUUCUUGUGGGUCGGACUUUCAUAUUAAAUGUGCUUUGUUUACAUUUAAUAUUGCUCAAAAUAAUUUGGAAGAGCUUCAGCAUGUUUCCCUUGAAGAUCCUUUGAUUUCCACUAAAAAGGAUGAUGAACAACUUGAUGAUGUUCCUAAGUGCUUUGGGUGUUGGGAACCAUUAGCAAAUUAUACAUACUUCUCUCCUGAUUCUGGAUUUAAUUUACACCAGAAAUGUGUUGAGCUUCCUCUUAAACUGAAUCAUCCGUGCCAUCGCAAACAUCCGCUCCUUUUGCAGUUUAAUAGCGAUCGGCUCGCUUGCAAGAUAUGUCAAGAAACCAGACGAAGAGGAUUUGUUUAUUGUUGUUCAACUUGUAAGUUUGCUAUUCACAUUGAAUGUGUAUCACCAUCACCCAUGGUUGAAGAAAAAAAUCAUCAACAUCCAUUUACCUUGUUUUGGAGAAGAGUUCCAUUCAUUUGUGAUGCUUGUGGCACCGAGGGAAAUCAUGUUGCAUAUACAUGUGGUACAUGCGGCAUUAUACUCCAAAAAAGGUGCGUUUCAUUACCACGCAUCAUCAAAAGCAAGUGGCAUGAUCAUCGUCUAUUUCACAAAUAUUUCCAGCACGAAGAAGAUUUUAGAACUUCUGAUUGUAUAAUAUGCCAUAAGGAGGUCAAUGCAGAGCAUGGAAGCUAUUCUUGUUCAAAAUGCAAUGUGAUAUUUCAUGUGAAUUGCGUGAUGGAAGAUGAAGAUUCUUAUUUUAUAGUAGAAAAUGAAGACGAUGAAUCUUUUGAUAUAUCUAUUAGUUCCAUAACUAAUGUCCUUGAAUGGAAUGAUGCCGGGGAAGCCACACUAAUACAACAUUUCAAGCAUAUUCACCACUUAACAUUAAGUGACAGAGUAAGUGAGUAUGAGAAUAAAUGUUGCGACGGAUGCUUAUUACCGAUUUCAGCUUCAUUUUACUAUUGUUUACAGUGUGAUUUUUUCCUUCAUAAAGUUUGUGCUGAAUUACCAAAGGUAAAGCAUGUUUGGCAUCAUCCUUGCCAAGAACCAUUACUCCUCACUUCAGGUGAAAAUUUUGAAUGUGUAAAAUGUUGGCAUUUCUCUAGUGGUUUUGCCUAUAAGUGUGAAGGAUGUGGUUACAAUACCUGCUUCCGAUGUGUUAUUGCUCUUACACCUGGUGCUCGAACAUGUCUAGGACAUAAUCACCCCCUUUUUUUCUAUAUCAACGGUGAAGGGCAAUGCAAUGUUUGUGGAUUUGAUAGAAGAGGGGUGUUCCUUUGCAAGGAGUGCAAUUUUUGUUUAGGUUGUACAUGUUUUUCACUGCCCGUUACAGUCGAGAACAAAUGUGAUCAACAUCGUCUUUCUCUCACUCAUCAUGAUAAUAACAGUUAUUCAGAAAGUCAUUAUUGUGAUAUUUGUGAAGAAAGUAGAGAUCCAAAACUUUCACUUUAUCAUUGUGCAACCUGCGGUACUACAGCUCAUGUCGAUUGUGUUCUUGGGAAACAUCCAUUCAUCAAACUAGGGAGUAUUGUGGAAAACUUGGAUGUUCAUGAGCACCCUCUCACUUUUGUUAAGAAGAUGUAUUAUUACCCAGAUUGUGAUAGAUGUGGUGAGCCCUGUGUAGAUUUGUCUGUCGAAUGUAGAACGCCCGGAUGCAACUAUAUUGUCCAUUCUGAAUCCGACUGCUCCAGGUAUGGGGAAAAGGUGUCUGCUCCAAGCUUUCGCUGUGCCGAGGACUGCAAUUUUUACGCUCUCAAGGUAUGUGCCGACGCACCUUCUGAGCUUAAUCAUCCUUUGCAUCAGCACCAUCCUCUUGUUCUUAUGCAAAGAACUCCAUUUUCUUGCAUUUGUGAUUUCUUCUAUAAAGUUGGUGAGAAGUUCAUGUAUCGCUGCUCCUCUUGCGAUCUGGACUUUCAUAUUAAAUGUGCUUUGUUUACAUUUAAUAUUGCUCAAAAUAGUUUGAAAGAGCUUGAGCAUGUUGCCCUUGAAGCUCCUAUGAUUUCCACUAAAAAGGAUUAUGAACAACCUGAAGAUGUUAAUAAGUCCGUUGGGUGUCGGGAACCAUUAGCAAACUAUACAUACUGUUCUCCUGAUUUCGGAUUCAGUCUGUACAAGCUUCCUCUCGAACUGAAUCAUAAAGUCAUGAACACUCAUUCAGAUUGUUUCCAAGACGAGCUCAGUUCAUCUGUGAUGCAAGUGUUCCUUCCGGGUGACUUUAGAAGCCCAGACUAUAUUAUUUGUCACGACGAUGUCCGUCCAGAGCACGGGAGUUACUGUUGUUCAUAUUGCAAUGUUACACUCAAUGUUCGUUGUGUGACAAAAGAAGCUAGUUCAUAUUCUAUAGUUUCACCCGAUGCAGAUGAGGUAUACGAUGAAGGUUCCAUCACUCGUGUUUUGGAGAGGAAUGUUGCUGAAGAAGCCAUCACUCGUGUUUUGGAGAGGAAUCAUGCUGGAGAAGCUACAAAAAUAAGACAUUUCAAGCAUACACAUAUUCUUCUGUUAAGUUCUUUCGUUGGAGGGAACAAAAACAGUUGCGAUGGUUGUAUGUUACCAAUCUCGGAUUCAUUCUACUUCUGUUCACAUUGCGGUUUUCUUCUUCAUAAAGCUUGUGCUGAAUUACCUCAGAUGAAGCACGUUUGGCAUCACUAUUGCCAGCAACCUCUCCGUCCUAUUUCAGAUGAAGCUUUUAGGUGUGUGAUAUGCCGACACGUGUCUAACGCCUUCGCUUAUGAAUGUUGUGGAUGUAAGGAAACGACAUGCCUCCAAUUUGUGAUUGCUCUUAAACCUGGUGUUCAAACAUGUUCGAAACAUGAACACCCCCUCUUUUUCUACCGAAAUCGUGAAGGGCAAUGCAAUGCUUGUGUCCGUCACAAAUAUGAUGAACAUCUUCUCAGACUCAUCUAUCAUGAUGAUAACAGUUAUUCAGAAAAUCAUUACCGUGACAUCUGUGAAGUAAAUCGAGAUCCAAAUAGUUGGUUUUAUCAUUGUGCAACAUGUGAUACUUCUGCUCAUAUCAAUUGUGUUCUUGGAAAAUAUCCAUUCAUCAAACUCGGGAGCAUCUACGAAGACGAGGAUCAUCCACACCAUCUCACCUUUGUCAAAAAGAGCUACUACUACCCUGAUUGUUAUCAACGUGGUAAGCCCCGUGAAGAUUUAGCUCUUGAAUGCACAGAUUAUGGGUGCAACUACAUUGUUCACUGGAUGACGAUGGGGGUGGUGAUUAUUCAGAACUAA